GUCUGACUUUGAGAUAACUAAAUAAAUUCUCUCAGGUGUUUUCAGGUUGAAACACCAUGUCAGCAAUAUACAAAACAGUUAUAAAUGUUGCUGAUCGCUUUGUCCCUGCUAAGUUAGGACCUUUUUGGAAUCAUCCAGCAGGUCCAAAAACUAUUUUCUUCUGGGCACCAUCCUUUAAAUGGGCACUUGUAAUAGCUGGUAUUGGUGAUUUAGCUAGACCAGCUGAAAAACUCAGUGCUUAUCAAUCAUCUGCUUUAGCUGCUACAGGUAUUAUAUGGUCUCGAUAUUCAAUGGUUAUUAUACCUAAAAACUAUAAUUUAUUACUUGUCAAUCUAUUUGUUGGUGCUACAGGACUAUUUCAGCUGUCUCGUAUUUAUAAUCACAGAAAAGCACAAAAACAAUAACAGUGUACCAUAAACUAACGACAAGUAUUGAAAUAAUGAUUUGAUAACCCUGAUUGGAGAUUAAGAUUAGAAUAAUUUAGAUGAAUGGAAUUUGAUUAAAUGAAUUUUAUAUGGAUUUGGGAUCAAAAUAAAAAGAUUUUAGCACAAAAUAAAGAUGGAUUCCUAAGAGUUAAAAUUUCUUAUAUCAUAAAAGAUUAAUAUAAAAGUAACAUUUUUUAAUGAACUUCUAUCCAAUACUAACUUACAAAUUUAAGGAAGGCCCAUAUUUUUGAAGAUGAAGAUGGCAUCAAUUCGAAUUGUAAAGGUCGUUAGGUAUUUUUCAUAUGAGUUAUACCUUAAUGACAAUACAGCUGUGAUAAGAGUUGUGACAAACCUCAAAAUAUAAAUGCUCUCUGUACAUUAACAAUAUAGAGGGAAAUUAUAUAUUAUACAUUUACUUGCUUACAGUUUGAUAAAGGCUGGUGGUAAAUUUUGAAAUAUCAAUGGAUAUUUAGGUAAUCUUGAUUUGUGACUGAAAAUUGUUAUCAGAGAUUGAUUUAUUUUGCAUUUCAAUAGUUGAGCAAAAAUCAUAAGAAACUUGUAUUUAUAUUGAGAUUUCUUUGCUAGUUAUUAUUGUAUUGAAUUUCAACCAGUGAGUGAUAAUAUUUUUAGUUAGAAAAAUUUGCAUGAUCCUGACAAGUACUUUAGGUUAAGAUGAUUUGAUGAUAUUUUAGGAAACUUUUGGUUGAAUUAAUAAUAAAAAUUGGGUUAUAUUAUAUUGCAAUAUUUUGGUUAAAUUACAAUAUUUUGGUUACUAUAUUUAUUACAAUAGUUUUGUUUGAUCUUGCCUUAUAGUUAAAAUAUUUUGGUAGCCCUAUAAAAUAUGUUUGUGGUUAUGAGAUUAUUAUUAUCAGAAAUUUUAUGAUUUUAAUUUUUAGUUUUGUUUUAUUAUGAAAUGAAAUAAAUCUAUUAUAUGAAACU